AUGACCAUCAACACUUUUUUGGGCAAACUAACGCACUUGUUAAUAUUCAAUGCUUUUGUGCAAGCUUCAAAAAACCGUUUUCACUUUCUGGAAGGUAUGACAAUUGAAAAAAAAAAUUUGUCUUGUUAAAAAAUUUUAGGCUCAAAACUCGACAAAGCCAGAAUUGUAAAUCCAUUCGUAGACUACGACCAACACUUUCAAGUUUUCUGAAAUGAAUAAUUAAGGCAAUAGUUUUUCAGACGGCUGAUCUCUACAAUUUGGCGAUAUGUCAAAUACCGGGAUCCAUGUCGACAACCAACGCCGGCGUGUUCUGCUACUUGCACGCGGCGAAGCGAUUUCUGGCCAACAAUCAAUCGAUCAACUCUCACGGCGGAAGGUUGUCUAUACAUAUGAGUGAAAAAUAGGAAGAUCCUCCAGCAUGUGCGAGAAGGAAAACUUUGUCCGAGGGAUCGACAGUCUCGGCGACAAGUCUCUUCUGGCACUUGUUCGAGAUCCGUUGGAACGAUUUGUGAGCGCCUAUGUUGACAAAUGCAUAAGGAAAGUGUGUCCAAGCCUACUUACCCACACCUUUAAACUUUUAGUGGUCAAGGAGCCUUGUGUCAUGGAUGCUCGAAAAACCUUGACUGUUUUGUCAAGCGCCAGUAUCUUCGUUUAA